AUGCCACGGAUCAUGAUCAAAGGAGGCGUGUGGCGGAACACGGAGGAUGAGAUCCUCAAGGCGGCGGUGAUGAAAUAUGGGAAAAAUCAAUGGUCUCGUAUUGCGUCUCUUCUGCAUCGCAAGUCUGCCAAACAGUGUAAAGCCAGAUGGUACGAGUGGCUGGACCCCAGCAUCAAGAAAACAGAAUGGUCAAGAGAAGAGGAAGAAAAGCUGCUGCAUUUGGCCAAGCUGAUGCCCACUCAGUGGAGGACCAUCGCCCCCAUCAUCGGACGCACAGCCGCUCAAUGUUUGGAGCACUAUGAAUAUCUGCUAGACAAAGCUGCACAGAGAGAUAAUGAAGAGGAAGUAGGCGAUGACCCACGGAAAUUAAAACCUGGUGAAAUUGACCCCAAUCCUGAAACAAAACCUGCCAGACCAGAUCCAGUGGAUAUGGAUGAAGAUGAGUUGGAGAUGCUCUCUGAAGCCCGUGCUCGUCUGGCCAACACUCAGGGUAAAAAGGCAAAACGUAAGGCCAGAGAGAAGCAGCUAGAAGAGGCUCGGCGGCUGGCUGCUCUGCAGAAACGCAGGGAGUUGAGAGCUGCAGGAAUUCGAAUUAACAAAAAGAGGAAGAAGAAGAGGGGUGUGGACUACAACGCAGAGAUUCCUUUUGAGAAAAAGCCUGCUUCGGGCUUCUACGACACCAGUAUGGAAAACUUUGAGGCCAUGGAGCCAGACUUCAAGCGUCUUCGACAGCAGCACUUGGAUGGAGAACUGCGCAACGAUAGAGAGGAGCGCGACAGAAAGAAGGAUAAACAGAAGAUAAAGAAGAAGAAGGAGAGUGACCUUCCCUCAGCCAUCCUUCAGACCAGUGGAGUGGCAGAAUUCACCAAAAAACGUUCCAAACUAGUUUUACCUGCGCCACAGAUUAGUGACGCGGAGCUGGAGGAGGUGGUGAAGAUGGGCGUGGCGAGUGAAGUGGCUCGUCAGGCAGCGGAGGAGAUUGACGGUGGUAAUGCAGCAUCGUCCGCUCUGCUGUCGGAGUACAGUGUGACCAACGCUGUCGGCACUGGGCUUCGGACACCCAGGACCCCUGUUGUACAAGACCGCAUACUGCAGGAAGCUCAGAACCUGAUGGCUUUGACCAACAUCGACACGCCUCUGAAAGGAGGUCUCAACACCCCUCUGCACGAGAGUGACUUCAGUGGAGUGACCCCCCAGAGGCAGACAGUCCAGACCCCCAACACAGUGCUCAGCACGCCCUUCAGAACUCCAGGACCAGGCCAGGGGGCCGAGGGAAUGACCCCUCAACCUGGAGGAGCACUAACCCCCCGCGGUGCGGUCACCCCAGGUCUAACUCCUGGACGCACGCCUCUCAGAGACAAACUGAACAUUAACAGCGAGGAGCAGCUGUCGGACCCAGCCUUCACCAAACAUGCUCAAAGGGAAACCCUGCAACAGUUGAGACAAGGUCUGAUGUCACUUCCUCUUCCAAAAAAUGACUUUGAGAUUGUUCUUCCUGAAAAUGCUGAGAAAGAGAUGGAGGAUGCUGAAACGGAGACUGGCUUUGUUGAGGAUUCAGCCGAUGUGGAAGCGUGCAAACAGGCUCUCAGAGAAGCCGAGCGGCAGAAGGAGCUGAAGCUGCGGCACACCUCUGUGCAGAGGGACCUCCCAAGACCCACAGAGGUAAAUGAGACCGUCCUACGUCCUCCUUCUAUGGAGCCUCUCUCAGAUCUGCAACUGGCCGAAGAGCUCAUCAAACAGGAAAUGAUUACUAUGUUACACUACGACUGUCUGCAUCACCCUGGAGCCAGUACAGCCAGCCAAUUACAGCGCAGCAAAGGCAAAGGUCCCACCUCUACAUCCAACAAUGCUUCUCACAUUACUUAUUUGGAAAAUCACCAGUAUAAACCACUUAGUCCAGAGGACAAGGAACAGGCCAAAGCUCUUCUUGCCUCUGAAAUGGAGGUGGUGAAAGUGGGAAUGGGCCAUGGUGACCUCAGUAUGGAAGCAUACAGCCAGGUCUGGGAAGAGUGCUAUGGACAGGUGCUGUACCUUCCAGCUCAAAACAGGUUCACCCGAGCUAACCUGGCUUCUAAGAAAGAUCGAGUUGAGAGCUUAGAGAAAAGGCUAGAGGUGAAUCGUGGUCACAUGACUGCAGAGGCUCGCCGAGCGGCUAAACUGGAAAAGAAACUCAAAAUCCUUUUGGGAGGAUUCCAGUCCCGAGCAUUAGGACUCCUCAAGCAGCACAACGACUUAUGGGAACAGGUGGAGCAAGCAGCCACAGAGCUUCAAACAUUCACUCAGCUCAAAACACAAGAAGAUACAGCCAUCCCUCGGAGACUGGAGGCACUGCGAGAAGAUGUGGAAAGGCAGAUGGAGCGUGAAAAAGAACUGCAGCAGAGAUAUGGAGAGCUAGUAUUAGAGCGGGAAGCUAUUCUGAACAGUGCCCAAAAGUACUGA